AGUGGCACCCGGUGCUGAGAGAUAAUUUAUCUAAGUGUUUGGAGCCUGCUAAGUACCUUUAAAGUGUGCUGGGCAUCAGGGUGGUUGAUACGAAAACCGUAUACUGGAAGCGAAUCUAAUCACACAAGUCCCUACCAAGUCAUAGUUACAAACAAAGGGAACAACCAACCAUUGAGCUACUAAAGGUCACGAUGCAACUCAUUCACUCAGCAUUUUUGAGUGCUGGACUAUCCUCUCUGGUCACCGCUAUCGAAUCUAACCAGGUCUUUCAAAUCCCAUACAUUAAUGCCCACGAACCGAGCGGAAGACCUGGCAACAGUCCUUACUGCACUAUAGACUUCACAAUUAUUGAUGCCGCGUCAAACGCAAGCACCUCAUGUUCGGUAGAACAUGGCUGCCUCUCGGAUAGCGAUGUGGCCUUGAAGCCCCUUCCAACCGAGCAGUCGCCAAAGGUCUGCAAUGAUACCAGCUUCAACUUCUACGUACCCGAAUACCAGGACUUUGGAGAUUACAAGGUGCACGUUGAGCACGGCACACAUGAAGCAACAAGCAAGACCAUCAAUGGUGAUAACUACCCGGACGGCUACCAACUCAACUGUGGAGGAAGUGGUGUCUGCAAUGCUUGGUUCGCUAACUCAGUUAGCCCAAUCGUGCUCGACUUCGAGAAUUGA